ACAUCGAAAACAGUUCAAGUUUGUUCUUCUUAUAAAACUGAAGCCUAUCGUUCAUCACAACACAAAAAUCUACUUUUUAAAUAUUUAAAAAAUGGCAAACAAUUACCGUUCAAUGUUGCUGUUAGUCUGUCUCACGUUUUUGGUGAUUGUUUCAUCUCCACAAAAUGGAGCACAAGCCGACAAGCUUAUCGGCAGCUGUGUAUGGGGCGCUGUUAACUACACAUCAAACUGCAACGCUGAAUGUAAAAGACGUGGAUUCAAAGGAGGACAUUGUGGAAGCUUUGCUAAUGUCAAUUGUUGGUGUGAAACAUAAAAUUGUUCAAUGAAAUCAAGAUGACGGAAUAUAUCCUCAACAUAGGUAGAUACUCACCAAGGAUUAACAAUAAACAUCACAUCUCAAUAGCAGACUAGAAGUAUUCAUUUCAACACUAGCAGACUGGAAGUAUUCAUUUCAAUAAAUAGAAUUUUUU